AAGAACAAAUAGUGGGGAUGGCUUCUGCAUAGCAAAAAUAUACUCUUUGUUAAAAGAUCACGAAAAAGAGCUCAAGGAUAUGGAAGAGGCGAAGUUCGCGGAGACUCCGCUCCACAAAGCAGCAGCAGCCGGGAACACGGCGGUGCCUGAUGCCGUCACUAGGCAGGAAGCUGGAUUUGGGGGGGCCCACCGGGACACGGCGAGAUUCAUGGCUGCAUUCGACAGGAUGUUGGUGCGGGUGAAGGGCAAGAACGGGAUGACUCCGCUUCUGCUGUGCGCGGCCAGAGCCGGCAACCAUGAUGAAGAAGAGCGGAGGCUUCUCGCGAGGCUGCUCAUAGUGUGCCCGGAGUCUGUCCGCGACGUGAACAACUUGAAGCAGACCGUGGUUCACGUAGCGCUAGUGAAGCAGGGGUGCAAGACCGUGUGCAUGCUCGUGGAUUGGCUGAGGAGGAGGAAUCGGAUCUCGUCGGUCCUGUCUGUCAAGGAUCUCAACGGCAACACACCCCUUCAUGCCGCGGCUCAAUUUGGAUGUCUAGGGGUCAACAAUGGGUGUUUCAUGUUUGUUGUAGGGGGCAAAAAAAAUAGUGAAAUUGGUGAAAUGGUGAAAUUAAACAGACUGAAUUCGGAGAGGAUGAGCGCUCUAGACCUUGCCAUAAAAUACAAUCAAAGUGAAGUGAAGAAACUGUUAGAAGAAAAAGGCGCCAAGGGAAGUAAUGAGAUUUGCGAAGCUACAACAACAACCGAUUACGUCCUCACCGACUCAGCCUUCUCCCGAGCCUACUACUACCUAACCGAAGAGCUCACCCUUGAGUUGCGCAACACCAUCUUGGUGGUCGCCACGCUCAUACCAAGCCGGGAGGACUCUAUCCCCCCAACGACACACAAACCACCCCGGGAAAGGACGACACGUGGCCGGGCAGAUGGUUAUGGAGAAGGAGAAGUAUCGUUACUUCAUGCCGUGCAACACAUUCUCGUUUGCCCUGUCGAUCGUGACUCGCCGGUGUUCUUGAUCCUCCACCUCUGCCUGGUGUUCAUGUGCAUCAGCUAUCUUCUGGCUCUAGACGCCAUAUCUCAUUACACGGUCAUCUCCAACUACGUAGCUCUUGUAUUAUCCGGUGAAAGCACUCCUCAUCGACGAGGACUGGUGGCUGCAGGGACUCAGUGUCAAAGUUUCCAACUGUUGUAG